AUGCCCCUCCUCGCGAAGUGUCUCGCGAAUUUUUCGACAGUCUCCAUCCUGUUUCAUAUCUCUGCAUCGCGCUCUAUCAUGUCCACAUGUCUCAUCGUGCUAGACACAGCUGCACUCCGGAUUGAUCCCACCUCUAUAAUUAGAUUUUUUGUUCACUGGCUCCCUCAGGCCACUGCUUUGCUGAAGGACCGCUUUCUUAGCUAUGGGUGA